CAACAAUGAAACGGUCAUACCUAAGCAACGCCAGCAUGCUUAUAAAUACCACUACAAUAAUGUAAGGUAAGCACACCACCCAAAUUAAUUAACAAACUACUCUCUUUCUUAUUAAUCUUUUCUAUAAUUUCUUCCAAACUGGCCUACAUACGUAGUACAGCUAGAAUGGGGUGCUUGUUUCCACCUAGAUUGUCAGUCCGGAUGUGUAAGCCGGAGUUGGUGACGCCCAAAACGCCAACCCCACGAGAGAAGAAGCCGCUCUCUGACAUCGAUGACCAAGCCAGCCUCCGCUACCAAAUGCCCGGCCUGUGGUUUUACCAGCCCAAGACGGCCGCGGCAUCUAAACUCCGAAACGGCGACGACGAUUACGAUGAUCCGGCUAGCCUCAUUAAGGAUGGCUUGGCCAAGGCCUUGGUGUAUUUUUACCCGCUGGCCGGCAGGCUGUUCGAAGGCCCCAACAAGAAGCUCACCGUUGACUGCAACGGCGAGGGAGUGCUCUUUGUGAGGGCGGAGGCUGACCUUCCCCUCCGCAAGCUGGGCCGUUUUGUGCAGUCGCCGUCCCCCUAUCUCCGCAAGCUUCUGCACCACGUCCCUGGCUCCGAUGGUAUCACCGGCGCCCCUCUCCUCCUUAUUCAGGUGACGCGUUUCACUUGCGGCGGCUUUGCGCUUGGCGUCCGGUUCAACCACACCAUGGUGGACGGCUAUGGGCUGACCCUCUUCUUAAAAACGGUUUGCGAAUUAGCCACCGGCGCUCCAGAGCCCUCGGUUUUGCCGGUCUGGGAGAGAGAGCUGCUGACCGCCGCAAAUUCAUCACCGACGACGACCCAGCAUGCCGUGGCGCCCACCAGUACCAAUAUGAAGUUCAAGCCGCUCGACAUGGAGUGGUGGGCCAGCGUGAUUGUGGACUUCGAAAAAAUGGCAGCCCGGCCCCGUUUCUUCUUCUUCCCCGCCAUUCUGAAACCCAUUCUGGCCCAACGCUCAUUCACCCUCACCCCACAAGACAUCCAGGCCCUGAAAGACCAAGUUCUGGAGGAAGGCUUCGGCAAGUGCACCACGUUUGAGGUGAUCUCCGCGUGUUUGUGGAAAUGCCGCACUGUCGGGCUGCAGCUGCAUCCCGACACUACGGUCACCGUCACCUUCCCUAGUGACAUCAGGGGAAGGUCAUCGGUGACCGGGCUGACGCUUCCUCGUGGGUACUACGGAAAUGGUAUCGUGAUGCUGUCCGCCGCAGCCAACGCCAAGGUGUUGUGCGAGAGCCCCCUCUCUUACGCCAUCCAGUUGAUCAGAGAAGCCAAGGAGAAACUGAAUCUCGACUACGUCAAGUCGGUGAUUAAUUUCAUGGUGGUGAACGGUCGUCCGAGGAUGCCGGUGGCGAGGAACUUGCUUGUUUCGGACCUAUCGAGAAUUGGUCUGGAGAAACUAGACAUUGGAUGGGGUAACGCCAUAUAUGCCGGCGGCGCCAUGGCAGCUUAUGGGGCAACUUUCCUAGAGCGUCCAGUGAGUACCGCAAGUGUGGAGAGCAGUGUUUUGGUGCCCAUUGCUUUGCCUUACAUUUCCAUGCUGAUUUUCAACCGUGAGUUCAAGAAGGUGGCUUUGUCGUCGUCUAAUAAGCGGCCCAUGCGCCCAUCUAUAAAUUAAAACGUACUAGUAACAUAUUUAUUCAUCAUCGUUAUCAUAUUAGUUUCCCAAGAAGGGUUUCUUAUAUUAGAAUGAAUUAAGUUCUAUUUGGAGAACAAAUAUUCAUAUUUGUCAAAUUAAUUAGCCUUUAUUUUGCUCCCAUAUGAGCAAUUUCUCUAAAAAUGGUCAAGGAAGUGAGGCAUGUUUCAUUACUAAAGAAACUACUUCGUACUUAACUAAGUACUCCGUGUGUAUACAUGUUACAAAAAAACUCGAUCACUAACUAUAUAUAUACAUGCAUGUUAUUUUAAAGUUGUGUAUGCAUUGCAAUUGAGUUCCAUAACACUCCUUCUUUUGGAAAUAAAAAAUA